GCAGGCCAUCAGUGAUGACCCAUCACCGACAGGGAUAGAGUCAUGUGAAUGGCAAUCGGCGACAUUGCCUCACUCAUUAGAAUAUCAUGUUAACAAGAGCUGAAACACACACUCUGUCUUUUAAUACACACUAACUACACACUGUCCAGUGUGGCAAAGGUUUCUACCAAAUAAGCUCCAAAAUCAACUGAAGCACAGAAAUAUAAAGCUCUAUAGCCUAAAAGUACUAUAUUGCUAUGUUUCUGUAUGUUACAUGCUGAGAUUUAUGCAAUUCCUCUCUAUACUAUUUCAUAAUGUAUAUUAUUACAGUAUAGUGCUUCUAGCACUGUGUCUUGGUUUGUACAACCUUUAAAGGACCCCUCCCCCUUCAAAUACUAUUUAUUGAUCUGAUCUUAGCUCAGCGUUGUGUACCACCCACUAGCCAAUGAGGCUCAUUUGUUCUCGGUGACAUCGGCUAGUGUUCUCCACUGUGUCCGUUUGUGUGUGGAUGGCUGCGUGCGUGGGUGCGUGCACAAUCCAUUUUUUUGAACCAUCCCAUAACACCAGCCCUCUCCCCUUUCUGAUGAAUAAUUUGCUCAGUGAGGUGUAAGGAGAAAGAGAGACGGAGCAGGAGAGAGAGAGAGACAGAGAGGUGGGAGAUACUCAGUAGGACUGUUACCCUGCUGUUGAAAAGAGGAGGAGGUUGGAUCGAGGCUCAAAGGGGCUGCUGGGUCUUUGCAGCGGCAGUGCUGGACUUGUUGACUGGUGGGAGUCUGUCCCAUGUGCCUGACGUCGGACGAUGGAGAGGGAGCGACGCUUUCCACAAUGAGCUGAACCAGACAUGUUCACCUGAGGUGGACCUGAGGCCACCAUGUAAUAGGAAAAUGACAUCCACACACAACAUGUAACUGUUCAGUGUUGUGUCCAGCUCCUCCACCAUGACUGCCCUGUGGACAUGGUCUCUUCUGCUCUCCCUCGCCCACCCUGCUCUGGCCCUCACUAGAGAGGGUGCCACAGACACACCACUGCAAAUCACUGAUGCAGAGGAAGACAAUCUUGCCGGAAUGUUAAACCCCCCAGUGUGGACCACGCAGGCUUCUGUAGUUCUCCCAGUGAGAACCAAAAUGGUGGACUCUCUGCCAGUGCCUAUGGGUUGGUUGACACCAACCUCAGAGGAUUUUAUCUGGAAGGAUGCCACAGAUGAGUUCAGAGGAAUUAUUGGUGAAUAUGCUGAUAUGGCAGAUAUCUCAGAGUGGCCAACUAGCUCCUUUCCUGGUGGAAGACCACCACAAGUUCCCGGUUCCACAGACGAAGGUAUGACCUCACAGACAGAUUCCCAUCCUCCACCAGGGACUUUAUCCAGGGACAGGGAACCCCACUUUACUCAAGCACCCAGACAUGGGACAACUAAGAGCAAUACCACGGGCAUAUUAGGACAAAACUCUUGGACUCUCCCAGUCAUGCAGAGAGAGGUCACCGGUAGUUCUUCAUCACUCCUUCCUUCCAGCCUGGUCCAGACAGGGACGACCCCAAACCCAAACUCCUCCCUUUUACCAUCAACUGGACAGUCAAGGGAAGGCCCGCCCACUCCUGCUCCCUCCAAGCCCCUCAUCCUUACCCCUCCAACGACAGACAGGGCUAAACCACCUGUUGACCAAUCAGACAGCCUAACAGAGGAGCCGGGGGCCGCAGCACCCACGGUAGAGGACACUGGAAAGGGAUUCAUGAACUUUACGAAGGACUUUUCAAACACGGGCAGUAUCAGCACAGGGAAAGAAAAAGGUAGGUCUUCAAAUGAGGAGUGGUGGGACCCAGAAACCAAUGAGACAUCUGUUUCGCCUGACUGGAACGUGAGCUCCCUAACCCCACCCAGCAACACGUCUGACCAACCCCUGAGCCCAGUGGACCCAGACGACAUCACCUCCAAGCAAUCCCUACGUCCUUCUCUGGUUUUGAUCCCUCCUCUCUUUGUGCCUCUGUAUUCUGAUUGGAACUCUGCCAUGGCCACAUGGGGACUGGCCUGGGAGGCUCACGUCUAUGGCUUGGGUUCUGUGUUCGCUGGGUUUGGUCUGAUCUCUGUCCUCUGCUUAUUAGGCUUGCCUCUGCGUUGCCCCGCCGGCAGCCCCUAUUUCACCGUCUUGCACCUGCUCCUCCUGGCCACUGGGGGAGUCCGAGCUUUUUCUCUCCUCUAUGACGCCUACAGUCACCAGGACCGCCUUCCUCUCCUGGGCUCUCUUCUUCUGUCUGAGCUCCCGCUAGCCUGCCUCACCUCCGCCUUCUCUCUCUCCUUCAUCCUCCUUUCUCAGCGUUCGCGCAUGCGCCUCUCCCUCCGUUUCUCCCUGUCUGUCACUCUGUCGACCCCGCCUCGGCCCUGUCUGUUGCUCGGCCUCUCCCUGCUUCACUUCGGUGCCUCCCUGGGCUGUGUGGGCCUCCUGCAGCUCCUCCCCAGCCUCCCUGUCCUGCUCCUGCUCCCCCAGGGCCUGUUUGUGUCCCUGUGCCUCCUCCUCUCCUGCUCCUACCUCCUCUUCUACUGCCACGUACGGGCCGACAACACGCACAUCUACCAGCUGAGGGACACCGGCGAGGAAGGGGGGUCUCCCGACAUUGGCCCACCCGCCAGGUGUCCAUUCGCGGAGGUGGGGGAGUGGGGUAAGGCGGCGGGGGCGGGGGUGGGGGCCGCCCUCUGUUUGAUGGGGUGCGGAGGGCUGCAGCUGUAUGGGAUACUGCAUGCCCUGGGACUGGGUGGGGUCAGUGCGGGGGCGGGGUUCCAGCCCUGGCCCUGGUGGGGAUACCAGAUGGGCUGCAGACUCUGCGAGGUGGGGGUGUGUCUGUCCCUGUCGCUCAUUGGGGCACAGCCUCUUUUAUGUCACACUAGCUCUUCCUCCAGGACUAGAUCGAACCCUCGACCGGGGUCCUGGUCUCGACUGCCCUGUGUCUCCCCCUCCACAGGGCCCAAUCUCUCUCCUCAGGCGGAGAACAAGUCCCCCAACCUCCCUCCACACUACCCUUGGGCCCUGUCCCAGCAGGACAAGCUGGUGGUCUGUGAAGUCAUCACUAAGAGCCCGUCAGAAGACCUGCCUCUCUACUCGCUGGUGGACCCCCCUCAGAAUGGGCCAGGCUUGCCCUCCAAUCCCAGCCACACCAGGAGCUCCAUACCCCCACUCCUCCCCAACCCUCCCAGCCCCCCAGGAAGACCCAGAGAUGGGGUUGAUUCGCACUUCUCCCUGGACAAUGUCACUCUUUACAGUGACUCUACUGUGGACCUGCGUCCCCCUUCUCCCAUAAACCUGUCCCGCAGCAUAGACCAAGCCCUGUUCAGUGAAACUCUCUUCCCCCACAGUCUUUUCAGCCCUCCUAGACUGUUCCAUGCCUCCUCCAGCCUCUCCCUAACCUCCCCCAGCCAGGGAGACUCAUACCCAGGCAGACACUCGGCCAGUAGUCCCCUCUACCGCACCUCCUCCUGUGGAGACGUGGACCAGGAUGACUCCAUGUCCCAGUCGCGGCUCCCUCAGCCAGACCACAACAGAACUCCGGGAUCCCCUGAGCCCUGUGGAUGGAAGGGAAGUAAUGCCAGCUCUGUGGGCCAGGCUUCUCUGAGCAGUUCAUCCCAGGGACUGUGUUCUAGUCCCAUUGAUAAAGUGAAGAGUCGUUUCUGUCCCCGAGCCACCAGGGGGCAGCACCUCCCCCAGAGCAGCCUGCCACGGGCCAUCCCCCACAUGCCGCACCACAGGCGCUACCGGACCCUGAGCUCGGCCUCCCAGUACAGCCGGGGGGAGGGCAGACUCGAGGGGACCGAGCACCUGAGCGAGAGCAGGCAGCUGGAACAAGACCUGGCUGUCCAGGCAGAGUUCAUCAACGUGUGUCGACAGAUAGACUCUCUGAGCGUGUGUAGUGAUACUAUUGACCUAUAGGAAGUUAGAUUUUAAUGGUAACGAAAUUAGCCAAUUUCACUAUAAAUCUUUCUGGUGAAAAGUUGAGGAUUUUCUCAUGAAUAUUUAUUAAUGCAGUAGAUGAAAUGCCUCAGUGAAACUUGAGACAAGCCGAAUCAUGUUAUAGUAGUGCUAGCUAUUUCCAAAAACAACCGAGAUCGAUUGUGAGUCUGCAAAAUUAAAUUCUGGGUUUGUAACUGAAACAUCAUUUGAUGUUGAAGGUUUGUCCCCAUGUGGCUUUCUUUCUAUUGAUCACCAGUCAUAUAAAGCCUUUUAGAGAAUUAUACAUUAGAGCCAUUAGCACCAUUUUAUGUCUAUAGAUUCUAUACUGACACACUCAAACUACAGUUACAAUUACAGUAAGUACAGGGACAUUCCCCCCGAGGCAAGUAGGGUGAAUUGCCUUGCCCAAGGACACAACGUCAUUUGACACAGCCGGGAAUCGAACUGGCAACCUUCAGAUUACUAGCCCGACUCCCUCACCGCUCAGCCACCUGACACCUUCACAUUAGUGAAGCAAACAAAAGCUUACAACCUAAUAACAUAAAAUUAAAACAAAUGAAACACUUGCAAUAAUGGCAGGGUUUUAUCUGGUGGAUGUUUCGGGAUAUUUUGACUUGAAUAUAUAGAAUUUUAUUGAAUAGAUUUUAUAGAAUAAAAUUACCGGUACGAGUUGGGUGCCAAAACAGAAAUGCAAUACCCCCAAGAUCCUUUGGGGCCUUUUCUUCAAGCCUGCAGCCAGAUGACACACAGCCGAGGAGCAAGGCGUGGGGGCCUGUUCCCACCCUCUCUGCAGUCUGUUAAAGCUGCACAGACUGCUUUCUGUAACACAAGUGAUGCUGUAGUGCCAUCUACUGGAGAAACAUGGGCAUUAUGCCAUGGAAAUAGUGUACUGGAUUGAACUGCCAAAUUUCUGCAAGAACUAUCUUUACAAUACGGGAUGCAUCCAGUGCUAUAUAUACUGCUGUUAUGAUGUGCAGAUUUUAUCAUUUGUGUUGUUGCUAAAACAAAUCAGGUUAUUUUCUAAUUGCUUUAGUAAAACAUGCAUACUGCUGCUGUGCCUGUUAGAUGCCAUACAAAAUGCUCUGUAAAUAAUAUGCUACACUAAGAUUUAAAAUGGUCUCAUAAAUGCUAUACAAAAGGGGACAUAAUGGAUAUUUCGGUAAGAAUAAAUAUAGGAUGUUUAAGUGUAAAACCACUGUUUUUAUUUAACAGUUCUGUACAUUCAUAACUCUAAUAAAAAUAAAAAAACUGCACUUACAGUACAAACUCAGAGGUCAAAGGUGAAUUUGCCUGCUUUGUGAAUGUUUU